CAUGCCGACGGCCAUCCGCAAGCGCCCGGCGGCGGGACAAGAACCGCGCGUCCAUGGCGGCAAGAAGCCCCGAUACGCGUUCGGGAGCAUCACCGACUACGAGAAGCUUGAGGUGCUCGGAGAAGGCACCUACGGCGAGGUGUUCAAGGCGCGCGACCGCCGCACCGGUUGUGCUGGUUCCCCAAAACUUAUUGUCUUACGCACCGACAAGAAGGUCGCCGUGAAGUGGGUCCGCGGCAACGGGGCCGGCGGACACGGCCCGCCCGACAUCCGCGCGGUCACCCGCGAGGCCGGCUGCCUCGGCGCGUGCCGGGGUCACGAGUCGAUUAUCGAGAUCUUGGAUGUGGCGACGGAUGCCGAGACAGGGGACGUGUUCCUCGUCAUGGAGCUCGUCGCCGACGGCCGCACCCUCCGCGAGUCGCUCUGGAGGCCUGUAUCCGAGGACGUGACCCGCGUGAUGAUGGAGCAGCUCCUGGAUGCGGCAAAGAAGAUACAUGGAGCCGGCCUCAUCCAUCGGGACUUCAAGCCGGAGAACGUCAUGGUCGGCUUCUUCGGCGGGCUCAAGGUCGGUGACUUUGGGUCGGCGAUUCGGGCGAAGCCGGCCGGAGUGCCCUAUGAGGAGUGCUGUGUCGGCACCCUGAUUUACACAUCGCCGGAGCAGCUGGAAGGCAACCGGUACUACGGCCAGGCCGUGGACAUGUGGGCGCUUGGGUGCAUCAUGGCGGAGAUGUUGGCCGGCGGGACCCUCUUCGUGGCGGAGACAGAGGAGGAGCUGCUUGCCGAGAUCUACAAGCUGCGAGACCAGAUCACUUCUACGGGGAAGCUGGAUUUGGAGUUCUUGGAGGAGCUUUCAGAAGCCGGGCGUGAGGUCCUGACCGGCCUGCUUGCCUUCAACCCCGACGAGAGGAUGACAGCGGCGAAAGCGCUCGAGCACCGGUGGUUCAGCAAGCCCAAGGCAGCAGAGCACCCUGGCUUUGUGACGUUGAUGAGUUAAUUAGCUUGAUCUAGCAACUGAUAGAUGCAGUGCCAGUGGUUAAUUAUUUCAUUGCACUGCGGCUGAGUUAGCUUAAUUACUGUGUUGUGUUAUUAUGUACUGUAGCAAUUAGUUGCAGGAAACUUAGUUAUGGGUUAUUACUUGAUGUAAUUCUUUGACUUGAGCAAUCAAUGGACUACUGUAGCAUGG